AUGUCACGCGGGGGAAGUGGCGCCGGGAAGACGGCGACCGCGAAGCGCGUGCCUCCCCCCGCGGUACCUGGCGAUGCCUUCGGUACCCCGCAACAUCGCCAUUCUGGAUCCAGCUUCGGCUCCCAAGGCUACGCGUCGUGCGAAGAACAGGCCUACCCUCAGCCGCCUGAUACUCCGUCGCAUACGCGAGAUGAUCACUCUGACUAUGGCAGCACGGUAUCCGGGGUCUCAGGCGUAUCGGGAGCAAGUGGAAGUCUCGGGAAGAGUCCAGCCGGCGGAGGGACUUUCACGUUUCCACCGCCCUCGCAGCCACUCACACACAAAGCGGCCGUGUACUAUCAUCAUCAGCUAGCGCUAAGCGACGAUCAGGGCAUCGAUAUGACUCAGAGUCCCGGUAGAGACAGUCCUGGCUCAUCGUCAGGUUCAGCUGGAUCUGGAUCCCGUCACUCGUCAGCGUCUCUAGACAGCGGUAGAGCAUCAGGACGGAUGCCGCAUCACCAUCACGCCUCCUGCCACUGCGGGGACACUGUCGAUAGAGUCAGGGCGAUGAUAGCCCAGGGUUUACCGGAUGCAGAUAUCAUCCAUGCGUGGCUUGCUGAUCUCCAAAUGGAAGAAUACGCCCGCCUGUUCAUAGAGGCUGGUUACGACCUACCCACUGUGACCAGGAUGACACCGGAAGACCUGACGGCGGUCGGCAUCAAGAAACCGAACCACCGCAAACGGUUAAAGGCUGAACUCGCAAAUUUAAAUGUCCCUGACAAUCUUCCUGAUUACAUUCCUGGUUCUCUCGAGGAAUGGUUGCGGUUGCUUCGACUUGAAGAGUACGGUCCGGCGUUAGUUGCACAAGGAUACCGAACUGUACAUGACGUCACUCAACUAGCUUGGGAGGAUCUAGAAGACAUGGGAAUUGUGAGACUUGGCCACCAAAAGAAAAUUAUUCUAGCGAUCAAAAGAGUGAAAGACAUACGUGCCGGGAAACGAAGCAUAAGCAAUCAGGGUUCAUUAGACUUCUCGAGGCUUCAACCGGGACAGGAUUUAUAUCCGAGGGAGCAAUACCAGCAUUGGGAGCGACACGCGAGGAGUUACCAUAAACCCCCCGAUCUAAACUUUGAUGCUCUACAAACGUCCUUAUGUGCCACUGACUUGGUUCCCAUCCAGAUACGUCAUCCACGCGGGAAGUCCUUGGAAAGUCUAGAAGACCCUUCGGAGAGGACGUCGCAUACUACAUUUUCCCCUGAAGCUGGGUUUUAUUAUGGGGGCCAAUGGCGACGUUCGUAUGACGACGGGGAUAUAACCCCGACGAAUGAUAGUUACGAAGGUGGUGGAACCUUACCGCGGCCGAGAGGUUUGGUUCGUCCUCGGCCUGUUGCAAAAAUUCAGGCCACUCCAGCGUACAGAGACAAAUCCCCCGAUUAUACGUACGACGAGAUUGCAUAUUCGGCACGUCUGCAGCGCGUUGCGUAUGGAGCGAGCCCUCACGUCGCUAGGAAGCCUCCGCCCGAACCACCUAAACGCCAGAGUUCCCAGUAUGCACCAUUCACUCGUUUCGGCCAGACAACAGUAGAAAUUCACCCAGAAAAGAGUUUACCGUUGAGCCUGCCUGCCUACCCGAGUUCCGACUCUUUGAGUGUGUCUUUGGAUAGCACAGGGUUACUCCCUCCACCGCCUGCGCCAUCUUCUCCCCCGCGAAGAUAUGAAGAGGACAAAAUGAGGACGGGAUCAGAUGCUAGUUUUAAGUCAAGUUCGAGCACAGAGUCUGAUAGCAUUCCAUUUGCAAAUGAAAACGCGGGUACAAUCAAACAAAACCGUAGUCAAAUGACCGGCAGACCUCAUACCGUAGAUUAUGGCAGAACAGGCAUGGGUAUCGCAAGUCUUCCGCCACGGCCCACGGACAAACCUACACACGCUUUGCCGGAAAAAGAAGAGAAGAGCACAGAACCAGUAGACGUCCUAAACGAUAUAGGGAAUAUGCUGGCAAAUCUUACAGAUGAACUCGACGCCAUGCUAGAGGAAGAAAAACGCCAAGGGCUGACUGAUUCCUAA